GCGCUCUCGACAUGGAAAAGAAUGACGAGCGCCAUGUCUGAUCCUCCGCUGGCGGACUAGGGCGGACGGCGGCGAGAGAGGCGCUCGGUCCCCGGUGGACGACCACCGGCACCGGGGGGAGGAGGGGGUGGACGAGGCGGGCGGGGGCGUCGCUCCCCCUCCGUCGGGAUCGGCACUAUGGCCGACAACGCAGGGAUUCAGCAGGGCUCGCCGGCCAUCGGCGCCGCGGGCUCAACUCCCGCCGCUCCGGGCCCGGGGGGCGCCGAGGGCUCCGGGGCCGCCGGAGGCUCCGCGCGGAUCAGCGUCAAGAAGGCGCAGCUCGGCACGUCGCCUCGCCACAAGAAGCUUGAGAAGCUCGGAAUCUAUUCGUCCUGCAAGGCAGAGGGCGCGUGCAAGUGCAACGGCUGGAAGAGUCGGAACCCGCCAGUCACGCCGCCACGCAACGAGCAGCAUCCCGCCGCCGGCAACCUGCACCAGCCCUGCCGCAGCUGUUCGCACGCUUUGGGGGAUCACGUGAGCCACCUAGAGCACGUCCCUGAAGACGAGAUAAAUCGUCUGCUGGGUUUGGUGCUGGACGUGGAGUACUUGUACACGUGCGUGCACAAGGAGGAGGACGCUGACACCAAGCAGGUCUACUUCUCCCUCUUCAAACUCCUGAGGAAAUGCAUCCUCCAAAUGGGCAAGCCCAUGCUGGAAGCGCAGGAGACUCCGCCUUUCGAGAGACCCAGCAUCGAGCAGGGCGUCAACAAUUUUGUCCAGUACAAAUUCAGCCACCUGCCGUCCAAAGAGCAUCAGACCAUUGUUGAGCUGGCCAAGAUGUUCCUCAAGCAGAUCAACUGCUGGCAGCUGGAGACGCCGUCGCAGAGGCGCCAGAGACUCUCCAACGACGAUGCGGCCGGAUACAAGGCCAAUUACACCAGGUGGCUGUGCUACAGCAACGUGCCUCGCUUCUGCGACAGCCUGCCGCGCCACGAGACCACACAGAUCUUCGGCCGCACGCUGCUGCGCUCCGUCUUCACCGUCAUGCGCAAGCAGCUGCUGGAGCAGGCCAGGCAGGAGAAGGACAAGCUGCCACCGGAGAAGAGGACGCUCAUCCUCACGCACUUUCCCAAGUUCCUGUCCAUGCUGGAGGAGGAGGUCUACAGCCACAGCUCCCCCAUCUGGAACCAAGACUUCUCGUCAGGGGCCCCCGGGGCUCAAAUUGCCGCCCAUACCGUCGUCAGUGCGCCCCCGGUGGCCAGGCCGUUGUACUACAGCAUCAGCCCCACGUCGUGCGUGGACCUUUCGAGCGACGCCAUUAGUCCUGCCAGGAAAACACAGACAGUUCUGGAGCCAAGUCCCGCAGUUGGUGAGAAGCGCAAGCUCUCAGAACCCCUCCCCCAAGAGGAGAACAAGAGGCCCAGAGUGGUGGGAGACAUCCCCAUGGAGCUCAUCAACGAGGUGAUGGCCACCAUCGCGGACCCCACCGUCCCAGAGCAGACGGGCCUGCUGUCGGCCCACUCAGCGCGCGACGAAGCGGCCCGCCUGGAGGAGCGGCGAGGCGUGAUCGAGUUCCACGUCAUCGGCAACUCGCUGCACCAGAAGCCCAACAAGAGGAUUCUCAUGUGGCUGGUGGGCCUGCAGAACGUCUUCUCGCACCAGCUGCCACGCAUGCCCAAGGAGUACAUCACGCGCCUCGUCUUUGACCCGAAGCACAAGACGCUGGCGCUGAUCAAGGACGGCCGCGUGAUCGGCGGAAUCUGCUUUCGGAUGUUUCCAUCCCAAGGCUUCACCGAAAUUGUUUUCUGUGCCGUCAGCUCCAACGAGCAGGUCAAGGGGUACGGCACCCACCUGAUGAACCACCUGAAGGAGUAUCACAUCAAGCACCGCAUCCUCAACUUCCUCACCUACGCCGACGAAUACGCCAUCGGAUACUUCAAGAAGCAGGGCUUCUCCAAGGACAUAAAGGUGCCUAAGGCCAAGUACGUGGGCUACAUCAAGGACUACGAGGGAGCCACGCUCAUGGGCUGCGAGCUCAACCCCAGCAUUCCCUACACUGAGUUCUCCGUCAUCAUCAAGAAGCAAAAAGAGAUCAUCAGGAAGCUGAUCGAGAGGAAGCAGGUCCAGAUCCGCAAGGUCUACCCGGGCCUUUCCUGCUUCAAGGACGGCGUCAGGCAGAUUCCCAUCGAGAGCAUCCCCGGCAUCCGUGAAACUGGUUGGAAGCCGCCGGCCAGAGGGAAGGACGUGAAGGACGCCGAGCAGCUGUACGGCGCGCUCAAGAACAUCCUGCAGCACGUCAAGAGUCACCAGAAUGCUUGGCCCUUCAUGGAGCCGGUCAAGAAGACGGAGGCGCCGGGCUACUACCAAGUCAUCCGCUUCCCUAUGGACCUGAAGACCAUGAGCGAGCGGCUCAAGAGUCGCUACUACACCACGCGCAAGCUCUUCAUGGCCGACAUGCAGCGCGUCUUCACCAACUGCCGCGAGUACAACCCGCCCGAGAGCGAGUACUACAAGUGCGCCAACCUCCUAGAGAAGUUCUUCUACAACAAGAUCAAGGAGGCUGGCCUCAUCGACAAGUAGGCAGUCCUGCCAAAACACGGCGGCGAGUGGGCAGGCGGUUUGGCUCUUCCCCUUUCAUGUAGGGCCGCCGUGCGACUAUCACAAACUGCACUUUUUCUUCCAUUAGCUCGAGCAUUAUGCUUUCUCGACAGUUUGACUGCUGUUUAACCAAUUCAAGUAAGUCUUAAUUUAUUUUCUCUUUGUGCUGCAGCUAGAGAUUGACAACUUUAUACUUUGUGCAAUACUGUGUUGUUUCUCUGUUUUGUAUUAAGGAAGGCAAAAGGCAUUUUUCUAAGAGGCGCUCUUUGUACAGUUUGGUUUUAAUGACGGCAGUAUUAGUUGCUUUUUUUAGACGGAAUUAAAUGAAAAGGCUUCUUGAAAAGA